AUGUCACUUCCGAUUCUUCCUAUCGAGCUUGUGAGCCGUAUCAUCAGCUCUCUCCAACGACCCCACCAAGUACGUGCCGUGUGUCGGCAAUGGAAUUCACUGGCCAUCAAGCACGCAUUCCAUACAGCUACCUUGGUCCCAACAGAAGCCGGCUGUCGGAAAUGGAACGCUAUAAUGGAUACUUCUCAGCUCAAAACAGCCAUACGAACUGUCGUCAUUUACAGUCAUGACCCCGAUACUGUUGAACACAAUGGGUUUGAUUGGUGUGAAGACGAAGAGGAUGACAACUAUACCCCGUUCAAGGAGGCUGUCUCGCGUAUAAAGGAACUAGAUCUCGUUUCAAAGGUCUCAAUCAAGUUUUCUGAGGAAAGUUAUGGGGCGCAGGAUGGAUAUUGUGAAGUAGAGACAAAAGAGGCCAGAGAGAAGACAUUAAUUACUGUCUUCGAGGCCAUCAAGACACGCGCGGAAGAGAAACCCGAAAAAUCCACGAUACACGCUCUCUCCUUGAAGAAUCUACAAAACUUUCCGCUUCCGGAGUUUACAACCAGCGAACUCUUCAAGGCUGUCACUAAAGAUAUUGACGAGCUUCACCUUGAUAUCAAAGAAGAGCACAACAGCCAUGGUCCCGACCACGAUAUCUACUUGCCUGAGCUUGUGGAAUUCACGCCUUAUCUCCAAGAGCACUGGCUCGCCCCCCUUUCCGGACAACUCACCACCUUGUCUCUGUACUUCACGGAAUUUUGGGGCACCAUGCCUGGAACUUUUCAUGGUCACGGCUUGGACUUCCCACGCUUACAAACCCUCAAUCUGGGCCAACUCGCUAUCUCGCAUCACGACCACCUGGACUGGGUCCUGCGGCAGAAGACUCUCAAGACUUUACGCUUCGAGAGAUGCGUCAUUUGUCCUUACAUUCGCACAGAGUCGGACAAGAUAGGUGAAUGGGGAAUCCCAACAGAUGACUGGGAGGAGCUGCCUCGUGGUUCGUUCGGAUUUGAUAUGGAUGAUGACGCCAUUUACUACUUCCCAGGUACUUGGGAGUCCAUGUUUGACAAGAUCCGGACAAACCUCCCUCUGCUUGUGGAUUUCCAGUUCAGCUGGGCGCGCUGGUCACCUGUUAUGUUUGACGACCAGAGACACAUGGGGACCGACCUAUCCAGCUCUCGGUAUCUUGUGUUUGAUAUCGGUCUUCUCCCCAGUCGCUGGAUUGAAGCAGAGUACGAAGGCGUGUUAAGCUUCGGGGAGCCUGUGGACGACGACGAUUCGGAGACUGGGGAGCCCAAGGAGCUAAAUCGACAUAAGGAAACACUGGCUGGUGAUCAAAGGGCAUUUGAGGAGCUUCUUAAAGCAACCUAUCAAAGACAGUGA